UUUUCUUUAAAAAUAACAAUAUGUAUUUUGUGUUUUGUGUUCGCUUAAAACCACUGCUACCCACGGUGGAGAGGCUUUGUUCUGAAAGUUUUCUGUAUUUCGUACUUGUCAAACUAUUCGAGUAGCUAACAUUAGCAUUAGCAUAUCAGUCUGUGCAAACCGACACGUGUUUCUGCAGUAACUUGUCAUUAGCUCAGUUUAGCUUAACUGUGUUGUCUUUUAUGGCCUAAUAUUUGUAUUAAUCGGUGUGCUUUCUUUCUAUUAAACGUGCUGUAAGCGAUGGCAGGUUGUUCUCUCAUAGCAUGGUCUUUCGUUGGACUUGAGUCCAGCCUGGCUUCUUCCCUGACAGUUGUCAACCAUUGUGUUAAUAGUACAUGCAUAUGACACCUCUAUAUGACGUAUGCCUUAGUAAGAUCAGACUACUAAAAGGAUUUUAAAUAUGUGAGCUGUGUAUUUAAUAUAAGGCACAGGGCAGUAUCACAGCUGCACCGGGAUAGGGCUACAUCUGAUGUAUCUGUGUGUUAACAGAAACUGACUAUACAGCGCGUUUAAACGCAUUAUUUGUCCUCUCUUGAAUCUACACAGUAGGUCUAACGGUGGUCAGCGUCUCCUUUGAAUUGCUCGUGCUGCUCGUUCAUGUAAUGUUUUGUUGGAUGGCUGUUAUGUAAUGAUGCUGCUGCUCUCUUUUCCAGCCCGGAGGAAGCAGAAGUGGUCCGUGGACCCGAGGAACAGCGCCUGGAGUAAAGAUGAAUCCAAAUUCGGCCAGAAGCUGAUGGAGCGAAUGGGCUGGUCCAAGGGCAAGGGCCUGGGCCGAAGUGAGCAAGGCUCCACUGACCAUAUCAAAGUUAAAGUUAAAAACAACCACUAUGGUCUUGGAACCAGUGCCAGCUCUGAGGAUAACUGGAUCGCACACCAAGAUGAUUUCAACGAGCUUCUUGCUCAGCUGAACAACUGCCAUGGACAAAACGGCAGCGCUGUAUCUAAAGAACCUCCACCACCAGAGGAACCCAAAGGCUUCAGUUUAGAAGAGAAGUCCAAGACCUCCAAAAAGAGGGUCCAUUACAUGAAGUUCACUAAAGGUAAAGACCUGUCUUCCCGUAGUGAAACAGACCUUAACUGCAUCUUUGGGAAGAGAGGAGGAAGACCUACCAAUCAACAGGAGAGCAACAGCAGUGAUUCUCAGGGUGAGCCGGAGAAGACUUUUACUCCUGCUGCCGUUGAACUGGAUACAGAGUCCAUCACCAAUACUGUGAAAAGUACUCUCACUAUGCAGGAGUAUUUUGCGCAGCGAAUGGCUCAGUUGAAGAAGGAUCGUGGACAGGCGCAGAGUACGGCACCCUCAUUGGAGACCAACGAGACAUCCGGUCCGCCUGAUGAACCCAGUCCCGUCCUCAGCAACGACAGCUCGGAAGAGCCCAAAAAGAAAAAGAAGAGCAAAAAGUCAGCAAGUGACCUGGAAGUUGUAGAGGAGCACAGUACUGCCGCUCCUAUCGUAAUAGAGGACGAUGAGGACAAACAGCAGGAGUGCUCCGGUAAAAAGAAGAAGAAGAAGAGGAAAGUGGUAGAAAGCGAAGGAGCUACAAAUGAGAAUAGUAGCUCCACUGCUGGUGUGGAGCAGAACUGUGAGGAGAUGCCUCCUUCCAAGAAGAAGAAGAAUAAGAAAAAGAAACAUCAAGACUAGGAUGGAAUUGAUAGAAUUAGCCUCCAAUGCCACCAGUCCUUUAGGCUUCAGGGGGACUUGCUACUUGUCCUACAGAUACAAACCUAUUGAAAGAACACUUGAAGCUGCCCAGUAAAACCACAAACGUGUACUGUUGUCCACUUGGAAACACAUUAUUGUGUCAGAUGGUAAAAUGCCUAGACUUCCAGAAAAAGUGAAACAUUUUGGGAAAUACUUAUUGACUUCCUUGUUACUUUUAGACGGAGCUAGGCCAGCGGUUUCCUCGUUCCCUGUCUUAAUGCCAAGCUCAGCUCUCCAGCUGGAGCUUCAUAUUUAACGGACAGACAUGAGUUGCAUUGAUCUGCUCAUUAAAAUGUAUUGUCAAAAAACAUUGUUCGUCUUACCAUCUCAUAUGCUAUAUCUGUAUUUAUUUAGCAUUCACAGUCGAUUUUAUUUUCUUGCCAGCAAUUCGUUUUCACCAUCUAAUUCCAGUUCUUCAGACAAUGAAUAUUAUUCAUUGAAAGUGACUGGAGACAUUUUUUUGUCAAUUUUGUAAAAAACGGAAGCCCACAGACAUUAGCCCCUUGAUGUGAUAUGAAUUGAUGCAAUUUGGGGAUGUUUUGCUAGAAAUCUGGAAACUCUUUUUCUGACGCAUUCAUAAGCUGUAAGAAAUCAGGCUUCACUUUGGAGCUUUAACCAGAUCAAAUCACUGUUUUUACAAAUAAAUCCAAAUAUCAAUACAUUUGUGUUUUGUUUUUUCCCUGUUCAUAGGUGGAGUGAAAUGUAGGUGAAUGUAUUAAGUAAACAGUGGUGAGGAGAAAUGGUUUUACUUCCGUGGAGCAGUGCCUAGUAUGAGCUGAUCAGCUGUAAAGCAAAUCUGAAAACAGUGAUUUACAUCUCCAAACACAGAUGGCUUUUCACCUUUUCCUCUUCCAAAAUGUGAUUUAUGAGCUUACGAAAUCUUUUCUUUGACUUGAUGAACUAUGAACAGGCCAGUCUUGUUCAGCAAUGAGUGCGUGGUAUAAGGAGGAAGACGGAAACUGUCUUGCGUGCAACAACAUAGCAUUCCUUGUUACUAUUUCGGCUUUGUAAAUUACAAAAAAAAUGUACAUUUGGCCAUUUUGUCAUCCUGUGAUGUAAGAACAACCUGACUAUCACUGAGCAUCUCGGGUGUUCUUUUCCUCUGUCUUCAUUUGCUGUACUCAUGACAUUCAAUUCAUUACAAAACCUUAUCAGUCACAGUAUGAAUAUACUGCACAUUUGUUCAACCAACAUUUACUGACAUAUUUGCAUAUAAUGAUGCUCAUCCUUAUUUAGAAAAUGACACUAAACGUAUACAUCGAAUGUGUAAAAGCAGGAUAUAUCUGAUGUAGAGAAAUACCUAAUAAAAGUGACAAAGGUUUAGCCUUUUAACUGA